UUUUAGCCUUCCCAUGUGCCAAUUAAUUGAAGCUGGCAAUAAAAACACUGCAACUGCAAUUUUGCAAUGCUUCUGUUUUGGUUUUGGAAUAUCCUUUUUCUGGAAUGUGAAUGGCACCAGAGUUGAAAUUGGAGCAGAGCAUUGACAAAAUCUCCUUUGAAAAUUCCGAACAGAUAGUAGCUAAAAGGAAAAUCAAGAAGCAGCAAAGCUGCUGCCUAACGAAGGUAGAAGAAAGCAUGCAUAGAUUUCUAAUAUAUAUUACUGUUUAUGUGGUAGCCAAACAGAGUGUUUCUUUCCAUAUCAUAUCUGAAUAUUGACGUCAAUUCCGAUGAAUGGCCGCACAAUAUCUCUUAUCAUAUAUAGAAGGAUCUGCAAGAAGGAAUUUAGUAUCUGAUUCUUGUGGAAACUCUAGUUACAGCACGAUAAAAAUAAUUAACCCAUAAAAUAUUCCAAAUGCAGAUUUUCAUAUUGCUUUAUGCCCCAACUCCAGCAGCCACCAUGAAGUGAUAUAUAUCAUUUUCUACAUUACUUUUCAAUUUAUUAUUUUUUUUAUUUUAAGAAAAAAGAGAGAAAGGGAGAGAUCACUUCCUACACUUUGUUGACUGGUGUAUUUUAUAUAUAUUGGUAGCAGCCUAUAUCAGGGAUCAAUUUAAGAACCAUUGACUGACCCUCCUCCAUGAGAUCAGAUCCAUCAUCCAUGCUCUGAAAUCAUUUUGCCAAUUUUUAAAAGUUUUUUGAGUCUCCGGGGCAAUGCAUUUUCUGGGUUACAAGUCAUUGUUGCAUGUGUUUAAUUCUGGACGCGAUGAAAUAAAUAUUGAGAAAAAAAAUGAUUGUACAGAGCCAACACUUAUCACUUACCAAUCUGCAACCGGUAACUGAGUCAACCCCAAAUUGCAAUGCAAUGAUUCAAACAUGUGUUUUGUGAUGCAAUUGCUUCCAAGAAAGCUCAGAAAUAAUAUUUGUUCGAGAGGGUCAAAAAGUUGGACAUGAGAAGCAACACCCUUGCUGUGCUUGAUUUUGAAACCUUGGUAGUUAGCAGGUGGGUUCCGAGUCGACUCGCUCGAGUCACUGUUUCAUCCUUUUGGGUCCUUUCACUCGUUCAGUGGUCAGUGUUAUUAGACGUUAAAAAGAAUUUAUCAGCAGCCGUGCCUGCCGGUUUGCAAAUGCAGAGCAUCUCCCCAAACUCAGCACACAACAUUUUUCUUCCUCGCAAAAACCCCAAAGCUGAGAAGAAGAUAAAGAGUCCCUCCGGCCCAAAUAUUCUAUCGGAGAAACAUAAAGAAAGUGGCUGUCUGAACUGGGGAAGGGGGUUUUUCCAUCUGGGUCGUCUGCAAAAAUGGGUUUUGAGUGAUUCUGAUACGACCCACCAUGGAUCUGGAAGGUUUAACCCGUGUUAGUCCAGCCAAGAAGCAGUCGUGGAGAACAGUGUUGACGCUGGCUUAUCAGAGCUUGGGCGUUGUGUAUGGGGAUUUAAGCACUUCUCCUCUGUAUGUUUACAAAAACGCGUUCGCAGAAGACAUUCACCAUUCCGACUCAAAUGAGGAGAUUUAUGGAGUAUUGUCUUUUGUGUUCUGGACGCUAACUCUAGUUCCCCUGCUCAAGUAUGUGUUUAUUGUGCUUAGAGCUGAUGAUAAUGGGGAAGGUGGGACUUUUGCUUUGUAUUCCUUGCUCUGCCGCCACGCUCGGGUGAGCACUUUGCCCAAUUGCCAGCUCGCGGACGAAGAACUCUCUGCUUAUAAGAAAGAUGGAAUCGUUCUGGCCAGUAGCAGUGCUGGGUCGAGCUUAAAAUCAACCUUGGAGAAGCAUAGGGUGUUGAAGAGGGUAUUGCUUGUUCUAGCUUUGAUUGGGGCUUGUAUGGUGAUAGGAGAUGGAGUCCUCACGCCUGCAAUUUCUGUUUUCUCUGCUGUAUCAGGGCUAGAGCUAUCCAUGUCCAAAGAACACCAUCAAUAUGUGGAAGUUCCAGUUACUUGUGUCAUACUGGUAUUUUUGUUUGCCCUCCAACAUUACGGAACCCACCGCGUAGGAUUCCUGUUCGCACCUGUUGUGAUAACAUGGCUUCUAUGCAUCAGUGCUAUUGGUGUGUACAACAUCUUCCACUGGAAUCCACAUGUUUACCAAGCUCUCUCUCCCUACUACAUGUACAAAUUUUUGAAAAAGACCCAAAAGGGUGGUUGGAUGUCCCUAGGUGGGAUUCUUUUGUGUAUAACAGGUUCAGAAGCUAUGUUUGCUGAUCUUGGGCACUUUUCUCAGCUGUCAAUCAAGAUUGCUUUCACUUUUGUGGUUUACCCAUCCUUGAUCCUUGCAUAUAUGGGGCAAGCAGCAUAUCUUUCCAAGCAUCACAUCAUUGAAAGUGACUACCGAAUUGGAUUUUAUGUAUCUGUGCCUGAAAAAAUAAGAUGGCCUGUUCUGGCAAUAGCAAUACUUGCUGCGGUAGUGGGAAGCCAAGCUGUCAUUACUGGGACUUUCUCGAUCAUCAAACAAUGCUCCGCUUUGAGUUGCUUUCCUAGGGUCAAAAUAAUCCACACAUCAUCAAAAACACAUGGCCAGAUUUACAUUCCAGAUAUCAACUGGACCUUAAUGCUGUUAUGCUUAGCUAUUACUGUUGGUUUCAGAGACACUAAACGCAUGGGCAAUGCAUCAGGGUUGGCAGUUAUUACUGUUAUGUUGGUAACCACGUGUCUAAUGUCCCUAGUUAUAGUGCUAUGCUGGCAUAAAAGCGUCUUGCUUGCCAUUUGCUUUAUAUUCUUCUUCGGCUCCAUUGAAGCACUGUAUUUUUCAGCUUCCCUCAUCAAGUUCCUUGAAGGAGCCUGGGUACCGAUUGCCCUCUCGUUCAUCUUCUUAUUAGUUAUGUACACAUGGCACUACGGAACGCUGAAGAAGUAUGAAUUUGAUGUUCAGAACAAGGUCUCCAUCAAUUGGCUGCUCAGCCUGGGUCCAAAUUUAGGAAUUGUUCGGGUCCGGGGCAUUGGGCUCAUACACACCGAACUUGUAUCUGGGAUCCCAGCUAUUUUCUCCCACUUCGUCACCAAUCUCCCUGCUUUCCACCAGGUUUUGGUCUUUCUCUGCAUCAAAUCUGUCCCACUGCCUCAUGUCAGACCAGAGGAAAGGUUCCUGGUAGGAAGAAUAGGCCCAAAAGAGUACCAUAUCUAUAGGUGCAUAGUGCGAUAUGGUUAUCGCGAUGUCCAGAGGGAUGACUUGGAGUUUGAAAAAGAUCUUGUUUGUAGUAUCGCGGAAUUUAUCCGGUCAGAGAAGCCAGAGUAUAAUGUAGCAGGACAGCCUUCGGACGAUGAUGAGAAAAUGACAGUUGUUGGGACUUCAUCAUCAAAUUUUGAAGGCGUAAGAAUGUGUGAAGCUGAUGCUGAUAGUUUUGAAAUGAUUGGGACAUCGGAGCUAAGGGAGAUAAGGUCUCCAGAGAGGGUGAGGAAAAGAGUGAGGUUUGUCGUGCCAGAGAGUCCACAGGUUGAUAUGGGUGCAAGGGAAGAGUUGCAGGUAUUGAUGGAAGCGAGAGAAGCAGGGAUGGCUUUUAUAAUGGGGCAUUCAUAUGUAAGGGCGAAGCGAGGAUCAAGUUUGAUGAAGAGAAUUGUGAUCAAUUUUGGGUAUGAUUUCUUGAGGAGAAACUCUAGGGGACCAGUUUAUGCACUGAGCAUACCUCAUGCAUCUUCUCUAGAGGUGGGAAUGAUCUAUCUUGUUUGAUUUAGUUCUACAGUAUCUGUAUCUAUUCCAUGCUUUUCUGUGCAGUCAAAUAGAAUUUUAGAAAAAAGAAAAAUCUUUGCUGUGUCAUUUUUAAGGAUUAAAGGCGUUUUUCCUUGACAUCUUUUCAAUGUGAUGAGUGGUAAAUAGCCCGUGGACAUGCACAUCCUAAUUUGAUUUUUGCAUCA